AUGGAAGGUGUUAGUAGCAGCAACAAUAAUGGCAGACCACCACCAACACCACUAGAUACUCUGGAACUUUUUGAAUAUCUGAAAAUAUUAUUAUCUGAAGAUAAUGCUGAGAUUCCAGAUUCAACUGAAUCAUCAUUGUCUCAUGAUAAUGAUCAUCAAUUAACUGUACUCAAUUUGGUACAAACAUGUAAUGAAGUGCAAAAUAGCCAUCUUUUAGCAGAAGGGAUGAUAUGUGGUUCAAGCUUAUUAGAAGAAAAUCCAGAACUUUAUAAGAAUAUUUGCAAAGAAAACAUUAAUUUUUAUACCUUUGAUGAUACUGAAUAUCAAGUUGAGCUUACAUUGGAUCAGAAAAACCUCAUAAAAGAAAUUGUUUUAAAUGGCAAUUUUAAUAUCAAAUUAAAUGAUCAAAAUCACUUGUUACAUUUAGCAAUGAUCAAUUUAGCUAAAGAUUUUAAAGAGAUUUGGGAAAUAAAAUCAUAUGACCUACUGUAA